AUGCCAUCGAUAUCCAAGUUUCUGCCGUUUGCGCCCUCGACGACGACGACGCAGGCGGUCACGUACCUGCUCGGCAUCUCGCUCUUCUCCAUCUCCUUCCUCGUCUUCCUCAACAGCUCCGUCUCCUUCGUCAUCACCGACCUGAUCGGCCAGAAGAAGGGCGUCGGCGAUGUCGUGGGCACGCUGGGCUUCGCGGACGAGCUCGUCGCCCUGGUAGCCUGCCCGGCAUGGGGGCUCGUGUCGGACCGCCUGGGCGUGCGAUGGGUCGCCGUCAUCGGCUACACCAUCAUCGGCGUUGCGCUGGCCGUCUUCGUCCAGGCCAAGAACGUGUAUCCCCAAUUGCUGCUCGCGCGCAUCUUUUUCGCCCUGGGGGCGUCGGCGGCAGCCACAAUGGUGACGGCCAUUCUGCCCUCCCUGACCGACGAAGCGGACGACUUGUCGAGCACGGCGGCACUGGCCCGGGCCAAGCUGAAUCCGCGGCUCAGCGCCGCCUUCUCGGUGGAGUCCGAGGUCACCAUAACGCCCGAGCGAUACACGAGGACCCUGUCAAGCGAACGACUCCAAGGCGCAAAUGGGAAGGAUGCCGCCGCCAAGGCGGGCAAGCCGUCGGCGCUCGCCGGCUUCGUGGGCCUGUUCACGGGCUGCGGCGCCCUGGUAGCCCUGUCCCUGUUCUUGCCGCUGCCCGCCCGCUUCGGCGAGAUUGACGGCGUGACUCCCGGUGAGGCCGUCUCGUACAGCUUCUACGUCGUCGGCGCCGUGUCUUUGGCUGUCGCCGUUUUCGUCUUUAUUGGCCUGCGCAAUUUGCAGGGCGAGGAAGGCAAGGGAUGGAAGGUGCUGUUGGGCAUCAAGGACCGGGGAGAUGCCUUUGAGAGGCUCGAAAUGGACCGUCAUCAGGAAUCGAGCAAACAGCGAGUUAUUCCGUAUCUUCAUCUUAUGAAGGACUCGGUGCUGCUUGGCUUCACUGACUCGCGCAUUGCUCUCGGCUACAUCGGGGGCUUCGUUGCGAGGGCGUCCACCGUUGCCAUCUCACUCUUCAUCCCACUCUUCGUCAACACAUACUUUAUUAGCAAUGGCUAUUGCCAGGGAUCGCCAAACGACCCGUCGCCCGAGCUCAAGAAAGAGUGUCGGGCGGCAUACGUCCUUUCAUCCAUUUUGACUGGCGUCGCGCAGCUCAUGGGCCUGCUGUGCGCGCCGCUCUUUGGGUACCUCUCUGGUCGAACCGGCCGGGUCAACUACCCCAUCGUUGUGGCGACCGUGUUUGGCAUGAUUGGCUAUCUGAUCCUGCCGCACCUCUCCAGCCCGGAGAUUAAGAACGUGGAGGGCAGAGGGGGGACGCCAGCCAUCUUCGUCGUCGUCGCGCUGAUUGGCAUCAGCCAGAUCGGCGCCAUAGUAUGCAGCCUUGGAUCGCUCGGGCAGGGCGUCCUGGCUGCCGAGCUGCCGAGGCAAAUCCGGCGCGAGCCGUCGCUGGCCCCGGAGGAGGACGAGUCGGCCGAGUCGGAGCCGCUGAUCCGGCUGUCCACGGCGGGGGACUCGGCGUCGAGGGUGCGCCUCAAGGGAUCCAUCGCGGGCGUGUACUCGCUAUGCGGCGGCGCGGCGAUUCUGAUUCUCACAAAACUCGGGGGCUUCCUGUUCGACAGGGUGUCGACGGGGGCUCCGUUCUACAUGAUGGCGGCUUUCAACGGCGUGCUGCUGGUGGCGAGCCUGUUCAUGGACGCCGCGCAGACGUUUGCGAGGGUGUGA